AUGUCGGUGUUUUCCAGCGGCCUCGCUUCUCGUUUCCAAGCGUCAUUCGAUCGUGUACCACAUGUAGUAAUCGGCAAGGCAGUUCCUCACGUGCAUUUUACAUUCUGCGUCCGAUGUCUGACGAUCAAGUCCAGGCUGGUUGUUCUCAAGGAUUUGCAUGGAAGCGCUUCUGUGGGACGUUCAAAUGCGAGCAGUCGAGAGCCCUUUAGCCUUAUGAAAUCAACAACUCGAUACCAAGUUCCUGCUGAAGGCGCCUUUUGGCACACUCGAGAAGCUGGAGACCAUCAUAAGCUGAACACUCGCGGCGUACAGGGCACGUGCAUUUGGGGCUCCACCGGUUACACGCGAGGUUAUUCGCGAGGUGAACCCCAUGGUCUCGACAGUCGCCGCAAGAUUCGGAAAACCGUCGUAACUCGGAAGUUCUUUGUAUCUGAGUGCUCCAAAAAGAUCACGAAUCAGAUUCACCUUGAGAUGCUUCAACCGCCGAAACUGGCGUAA